GAGUUGUAGGCUUCCCGGCGUCGUGGCGUACGAAAUUGCAGGCGCCAGCGCGCACUCGGCCAACUGCUGUUCUACUGUUCUACAGUUCGCGGGACCGGGUAGACCUUCCGUAAAUCGGCACCACAGCGGAAAUGUGAAAUUUAAUUAACAUGCGCAGCUCCGGUGGUUAAUCUAAUAAGAAGCAUAGUUUUUUUUAAAAAUUACCUUGUUUUAAAAAAUGCAGCAGUUUUGUCAUUUUUGUAUUCUAUUUCUAAAUUCCGUCGUAAUCAGCGUACUUACGUACGGUGUUCUUGCGGACAGCGAUGUGCAGGGAAAUUACAAUAAUUCGCCGCGGUACCUGGUGCUGGCGCCGAGGACCGUGAGGCCGGGCGCGCUGUUCGGCGUGGCGGUGACCCUGCUGGCCGACCACCCUCCGGAGCUGAGGGUCGCCGCCGAGGUCAGCAGGGACGGCGACCAGGUGGCCAGGGGAGAGAAGCUCUUCGCGCCCUUCCUCGUCGACACCAUCUACCUGCAGAUCCCGUGGUCCAGCAAGGGAGGCCGCUACCGCCUCAAGGUGGAGGGAGGCGACGUCUUCGCCGAGGAGACGGACCUGCACUUCUCCCCCCGCUCACUCGCCGUGGUCGUGCAGACCAGCAAGCCCCUCUACAACUCCGGCCAGACGGUCAACUUCAGAGUCAUCCUCCUCACGACAGAGCUUACGCCGUAUGAGGAUGCAGUCGAUGUCUACGUCAUUGAUCCAGACGGGUUUGUGAUGAGGCGGUGGGUCUCCAUGCAGCUCAACAGCGGGGUGGUCAGCCACCGCUUCGCCCUGCCAGAGCUCCCCAAGGUCGGCCUGUGGAAGAUCAGGGUCCAGGCCGGCGAGCAACUGGAGGAGCAGCGCUUCAAGGUCGAGAACUACUUCACGCCGCAGUUCGAGGUGCACGUGGAGCUGCCGCCGUACGUGCUGGCCGAGGAGGAGCAGGUGACGGCCGUGGUCGCGAGCCGCUCCGAGCUGCAGAGGGCGGUGCCCGGGAACGCCACCGUCACCGUCAGCGCCAGGAGGCUGGCGGACAGCGGCUGGACGCUCGUGCGCACGGAGCACGUGUCCAUGAGGACCGGCAGACACUCGCUGCAGCUGCCCGUUGCGGACCUGGUGCGCGCGGCGGUCCCCGGCUGGAGCGGGGUGGAGCUGCGCGUGGAGGCCAGCGUCACGGACUACCUGCACGGCGGCACGGCCACCGGCUUCAGCCUCGCGCGGGUCGUCUCGGGCGCCGUGAGGCUGCGCUUCCUGGGUGCAAGCCCCCAGGUCUUCCGGCCGGGCGCGCCCUUCGAGGGACACGUUCACGUGGACCACGACGAUGGGGAGCCGCUGAGCGAGGAGAGGCUGGCGGGGUCCAGCCUGGAGGUGCGCGCGCUGGCCCGGCUGCAGUCUGGGGGGAGCAGGGAGCUGCCCCUGGCGCGGGGCUCCCCCCGGGACCCGGGGCUGCCCGCGGCCGCCGCGGCGGACGACCCCGUGUCGCUGCGCUACCGCCGCGAGGGCCUGCUCUACUUCAGGAUCGACGUGCCGGCGGACGCGAGCGAGCUGCUGCUGACGGCGCGCUACGAGGACGCGGGCGCCGCAGGGGCGGAGGGGGGGAGCAGCCCCCCCGAGGCGCGGCUGGCCGCGGUCAGGCACUCGUCGCCCCGCGGCCGGUACCUCAGCGUCCGGACUAGCUCGCCGCUUCCCCGGCCGAACGAGUUCGCCGUGUUCCACGUCAAGGCCAACUUCCGCCUGUCCGAGUUCCACUACCUGGUGCUGUCCAAGGGCCAGCUCCUGCACGCCGGGCAGCAGCCGGUGCAGGACACGCUCGGCACGGUCACCACGCUCGCGCUGCCCGUGGCGCGCCGGAUGGCGCCCGGCUUCACCCUGCUGGUUUACCACGUGGCCCCCGGCGGGGAGCUGCUGGCCGACAAGGUCUUCCUGCCCGUCGACGGCUUCCAGGGCUACGAGUGCUACGUGGAGGUGAACCAGGGAAAGGAUCGCACCAUGCGGACCGCCCAGGCGAUCAUGCCGGCCGACGCGGGAGCCUUCAUGGGGAUCAACGCCCAGCGGGCCGCCCCCUACCGCGCGCAGGCGGGGAACGACGUCAGCAAGUCGCGCGUCGCCGACAGCUUCUUCAAGUUCGAGAACUUCAGUAGGCCGGUGGCGCGCGUCACGCGGCGGUCCAGGCAGGGGCUGAAGCCGGACGAGAGCGUGUACCUGGUGACGGGCAACGACGCGCUUGACGCGCGGCAGACGUUCGCGCUGGCCGGCGUAGCCGUGUUCACAGACGCGCUCCUCCCGGAGUCCCCGUCGGACGGAAAAUGCGGCCGGAUGGAAGGAUACAUGAGCUGUUUCUCCGGAGGCUGCUUCUCCGCGGACCAGAAGUGCGACGGUCACCAGGACUGCCCCGAUCUCUCGGACGAGGCAGACUGUGAUGGAGAUGAAGAAGAUCGGUACCAUUACAUGCUGUCCAGAACAAGCAUCUCAAGCGAGCUGUACGACGCGGUCAGCGGUGAAUGGGGGUGGACGGAGAUGAACGGGGAGUACGGCGGGGAGGAGUUCCUCACCAUGGAGAUCCCGCCGGUGGGCGACGACUACUUCUUCACCGGCUUCAGCGUCAGCAAGACCCUCGGCUUCACCGCCGUCGACGAGCCCGUCCAGUUCUCGACUGUUAAGCCCUUCAUGCUGCACCUGGAGGGGCCGGCGUCGUGCCGGCGCGGGGAGCAGCUGGGGCUGCGAGCGCUGCUGCUCAACAACGACGCGCACGAGCAGCUGGCGCUGGUGCGGCUGCACGGCUCCCCUCGGCACGCCUUCGUGAGCGUCGGGCCGGGCGGCGCCGUCGCCAGCUACGGGGCGCGCCUCGAGCCGGGCGAGCACCAGCUCGUCGUCCACCUGCCGCCGUGGAGCCAGCGGCAGAUCGACAUCCCGGUGGCGCCCACGAUCGAGCAGGGGGACCUGGAGAUCACCGUGUCCGCGUCGACGCUGGUCGGCCACCGAGAGGCGGUGCACAAGCUCACGGUCCUGCCUGAAGGAGCACACAUAAACAAGCACACGUCAGUCUUCCUGGACCUGAAGAACAGAGCCAUCGUGCUUCGGUACCUGGACAUCGUCGUGGAGGAGUCCCCGAUCGUGCCAUACCAAGACUGGCGGCGAUACGUCUUCGGCAGCCCGAAAGGAACGAUCACCUUGAGCGGGGACGUCAUCGGGCCCGUGCUGCCCGCCCAGCGCCCCACCACGGCUGCGCUGCUCGGCCGGGAGAUGAAGGGCACGGUAGCGGGCGUGGUGGAGCUGGCGGCCGGCGUGUGGACGCUGCACUACCUGCGGCUCACCAACCCGCUGGGGCGGCGCCUGCUGGGGCCGGCGCUGGCCCGGGGCGCCACCGCCUUCGGCCAGGUCAUGAGGCGCUACCACCCCCGCGGCCACUUCCGCAACUGGGACGCCUCGCAGCCCAGCGUCUGGCUCACGUCAUGGACGAUAAGGACGUUCAAGCACGCUUCCUUCCCGGACUGGGAGAACAACUUGUACGUCGAGCCCCGGAUUUUCACCCAGAGCGUCGGCUGGAUCUUGGAACAUCAGGCGGAGGACGGGAGUUUUGUGGAAACCACCGCAUACGAAUAUCCUUUAGAUUUUAAAAUGUAUGCCAAGAGCGGGGAGACUGCAAACGGGACGCGGCAACACGCCAACGUCCCGCUGACCGCCCACGUACUCACCACGCUCAAUGAGGUGAUGAACAUGGUCCAGGGCGGACUGCGUACCACAGCAGCAACUGCCGCCUUGAAAGCCACGAGGUUUCUGGAGAAACACUUGUCGUCCCUGUCGGAUCCGUACGAGAUCGCCAUCUCGGCGUACGCCUUGACGAUGACGGAGAGCGCGGAGAGGGAGUACGCCUUCGGGCGCCUGCAGCAAGCCGGUAGAGAGGGCGCAGACGGCCAGCUGUACUGGUCCCGGCUGCCCAUCGGCGGCAACGCGGUGAAGAAGGAGAACCAGCGGCCGUUCCUGGAGCCGCGCGAGUACCAGGAGGGAGACUCGGCGGCCGUGGAGGCCACCGCCUACGCCUUGCUGGUCUACCUCGCCCGGGACGGCGUCACCGCAGCCGCCGAGCGGAUGGUGGACUGGCUCACUUCCGUCCGGAUGACCACCAGCGGCUUCGUGUCUGCCGUCGACACCGUGGUCACGCUCCAGGCGCUGACGGAGUACGCCUUCCGGGCCCGGAUCGCGGACAUCACCCGCAUGGACGUGUCCGUCGAGCUGCCCAGCUCCGGCUCCCGGGAGACGUUUCACAUCGGCAACGAGAGCCUCCUGCAGCUGCACUCUCUGCAGAUCCCGGGCGUGUGGGGCCACGCCAACGUGGCGGCGCGCGGCAGCGGCCAGGCGGUGGUGCAGAUGGACGUCAGCUACGGGGUGGACCGGGCCGGCCUGGUGGAGCGGCCCGCCCGCGGCUGCUUCCAGCUGGCCGUCGGCGAGUUCUACCCCCCAUCCAGGAACAAGUCCGCCGUCACCAUCGAGAGCUGCUUCAGGUGGACGAGGCGGCAGCCCCCGGUGAGCGCGGCCGCCGUGCUGGAGGUGCAGCUGCCCACCGGCUACGGCCUGCUCGAGUCGGAGGCCGUCGCCCUGGUGGCCUCGGGGGCCCACCCCACCCUGCGCGACGCCCGGUCCGUGCCGGGCAGGACCAUCUGGUUCUUCGACCACAUACCACCAGACUGGACGUGUUUCAACCACACGGUGCGGAGGUGGUUUCCCGUCGCCAACAUGACGCAACACCGGCAGGCGCUCCUGUACGAGGCUCACGCCAGAGAGCACUUCGAGCAGGUGCUGGUGAGCUCGACGCCGCUCUACGUGCUGAGCAUCUGCGAGGUGUGCGGCUCCUACCAGUGCCCGUACUGCCCGCACUACAGCACGGCCGUCCGGCCGUUCCCCGCGGCCGUCCUGCUAGGCGCGCUCGGCCUGGUCGCGGUGGCAGCCCUGGCCCCCGCCUGACCGUCGCCCGUCCCGCGACCCGCACCCUCGUCGUCACUGUCCCUGCAACACGGCGGCCCAGCUAAAUCUGUGACGAAAUUCACCUCACAUUUCCCUCACCAAAAAUUCCCAAUUUCCCCCCCUUCUAAUUUUUUUUUAAUUUACAUAUUUCGAAAAUUUUUGAAAGCAAUGGACGGUCCAUGGGCAAAAUGUAACAAGUCACUUUUUUUUUAUUUUUUUUUUUAAGUUUAUUCCGGCAAUAAACUUGAGUAUACAUAGAACAUGUCAUGCAUUUUUAAUCAUCGUCAAACUACGAUGAAAAAAAUAUGUUUGGUAAGUAAGAGAAUGACGCAAGAAAAAUUUGGGUAUUUAAAAUUCAAUUUUUAUCUAAGAGUUUUUUUUUUGUUUCUCCCGAAAAAGUGAAUUCUUGACUUGUUACCUUUUACCCAGAGACCGUCCAAAUAAAGAAACUACAGCCUGCACCAUCCACCAUAGCUGGUCUAGUCCAAACAGAAUAUUGCGAAACACCAAUUUACAUUGUGUGUGACUGUGUGCUAACCAUCAGAAAGGGGGGGAAAAAAUGCCUUCAGUCAUGGUUAAUAAAGACUGCAGUAUUAUAUUUCCCUCUAAAAUAGUUAACACUGGGGAAUUUUCAUGACUUUUCCAGGAUUUCAAGUAAAUCCUGAAUUUUCCAGACAAAUUCCAACUUUCCUGACUUUCCAGAAUGUGCACAUCCUGGGUAAUUUUUUUUUUUACUAGAUAUUUAGUAAACGUUAUCUUCAAGCUGCAAAAAUUCAUGCAAGUGAACAUAAUUAUGAACAUUUGCAUUACUUUUUAGUGCCUUUGAUAAUAUUUAGAAAAAUCUGUUCAGAAUCUUUAAGAUGCUAAUGUAAUAAAAUUGCAGGAAAAGCCCUCAAAAAUAGUAAUGACAUGACAGUUAAAUAACUAACAUGGUGUGAGACAUGAGCCUUACGAACAUUUCUAUAUAGUGUGUUGAGAACAUUUUAAGACUUGCAGGAUUUCAAAUGGACUGCAGAAAUAAAAGUGCCUGGCUUUUUAUUUCCCUUUUAAUGUCUUUUUUCAAUACCUUUUUCUUUACUACCUCUCACCAAGGUCUAAAACAUUUUUCAUUUUUUUUUUACUUGUGGCAGCAAAAUUUCUAUCAAGAGAAGCCUAUUUUUGAGACUAAAACAGAACCACAAUGAAAAUUCUUGACUUUUUUCACCCCAUAAACACUCUCAAUAACAAAAUGUAACCAAGAAAAACAAGUUAAUUUAAACCAAAACAUAUCUUAAAAGUUAAAAUGUUAAAUAUAAAUUUAAAAAAAAAAGUCAUCUUAUUAAAACUUAAAAUUGAAAAAGUAACAAGACUGUUUAAAGAGCUACAAAUUUUAUAUAAGUACAGUAUUCGAAUAAUGUUUCGUGCCAGUUAUUUUAAUUUUGUAUAUUCACAACGAAAGAGCGAAUGUUGUAACUAGAAAGUGAGAAAAUGAGUAAUUGAAUUGCUUAUGCUUUAAACACGGCAGAGUAAAUGAAAGUAUGGAUUCAAUGUGUCUGCUGAAUUCUCUUUUACAAACUAUGUUAAUCAGUGCAGUAGCCAAAAUUUGUCAUAAGCAAAUGCAGAAUUGUAAAUACAGUAACAUUUAUGAAAUGUACAAUUUUUUGUCUAUGCUAAUUAUAUGUGUGUGUUACUGCCAA